GUCACGCGUGAUGCGAAUUGCGAACGGCAAAUUCAAAAUAGAAGUUCAUAAAUAGUUGUUUUAGAUGUUAUAAAGUGUAUUUAUGAUUUGUAUCAACAUUGUGAUGACUAGUAAAUGAUUAUAAUUAGUUUGUAUACAUCGAGUUUAUAAAGUUAUACAUCAUGGAUAUUAACGAAGGAACAACAACAGAAGAUCUAUGGACUCCGUACAAGGAGUUGGCGGCUGUCGUCGAAAGCUACCUUACAAAUGAGGGUAGUGGAGCUCCAUACGCUGUUCACACCUUUGAAUCAGUUUUAAGAAGACAUAAACAAACGUUUUUAUCACUUUUAAAAAAUCCAGCAAAGAAUCCUGCCAGCCGAGAGGAGAUCAAAAGAGGUAUCACUGAAGGAGUUAACCUGCCCAGUGUUGGGAGAACACUUCUCUCCAAAGAAUUAGUGGAUGAAGCUAUAAUAAUAUCAGAUAUGUAUAAUGCCAAUGAAUAUGCCUGCUUGGAACUAUUGCACACGGCACAACGUCAAAGUUCUCGUCGGCCAGGAUUGGCGCGCGGGCUCCUUGCCGUUCUCCUAUACUAUGACGGCAAGCGGGCUCUCGUGCAGGCCUUGCGAGAGCUGGUCAUGGCAAGGGAUGGAGUAUCAUGGUCGAUAAGCGCCCGCGAGGAGGUGGUGUCGUACGUGUCGCGGUACGUGGGGCAGCUGGUGGCGGACGGGCUGCUGGGCGGGGCGCUGGACGCGCUGCGGCGCUGCGACCUGGACACGGAGCUGGAGCUGCUGCGGCGGAACCGCGCGCUGCCGCCCGGGCGACACCUCGCGCGGCUGCUGGCAGCUGUACAGAAUACCAGAAAAUUAUUGGCUGGAGUCAUAUUUGCAGCUUCUGCUCAGCUCGGAUUGGAGAGAGAUAUACUUCUAAGGCUACUUUCAGAACAAAUGUCGUCACCGUCGAAAGGACCAACCGGCGCGUUGGAUGAGAUCUCACUGGCUUUACAAAUGGCAUUGCUUUAUGCGUUGGAUCUCUCAGUUUUACAUCGAAGAGAAGAUGGUGAAGAAUUGGCAAAAAAACUUCCUCUAAUUCAGGAUCCAGACCUCAUAUCAGUAUUACUAGAUCAACUGUCACCUCCUUCAGAACCUAAUCAGACUCAAGAGGGGGAGGACAAACACAGCAACGGCUUAAAAGCAUUAUGUCAGUUAUCCUUGGGCUUGGCUCUUGCUGCGCUGAAGAGAGCCCCGGUGUCUUUACUGAGGCGAGCCGAGCCCAAGACUGAGCUGCUGGACCAGGACGAGAUGCUGGUGGAUGCGGCGAUAGACGGCGGGGUGUUCGAGUACUUAGACGAGGCCAUACUGUCCUCGGACCUGGUCUCCUCGGAGGAGUAUUAUCAACGACGCAUCCACUCGCUCAUCACGGACUUUAUCGUGCUCAUGCAUUCCAAACUUAUGGAGAUGAGAGUCAAGGCGGAGGAGGCGGCGCGCGCGGCGCAGCUGUACGCGGCCGAGGGGCUCCGCGCGCCCGCGCAGCGCGCCCGCCUCGACGCGCUGCUGCGCUGCGUGGAGCGCCUGUACCGCCGCGACCCGCUGCGCCUGCGCCGCGACUACUGGGCCGCCUGCGACGGCUCGGCGCCCUCGUGCCGGGCGGGCGGCCGCGCGGCCACGCUGUACAAGUUCGUGCGCCUGUCGGGCGAGGUGGUGGUGGCGGCGCUGCUGCCGGGCUACCUGCGCGCGCUGGCGGCGCUGGCCGUGCCGCGCCACACGUGGGCGCUGCUGGCGCGCCGCGACGCGCUGUCGGCGCACCACCUGCUCACCGCGCUCUCCUUGUACUACAGGAACCUCCGCGCCGACCCGUCCCCGUUCGCCGAGCACCUGCACUCGUCGUCGCUGGGCGCGUCGGCCGUGGUCCCCCCCACGGCGCGCCCGGGCCGCCUGCUCGUGAGGCAGGAGGAGGUGGAAGCGAUGAUAGCCGCCUUGAAGCUGAUCGCGGCUGUGGCGAAACAAGACGAAGCGGCUUGUAUCAGUAUAUGUGAAAACUUGCAGUGGGACGCCAUUAAUUGCAUGUUUGGUCUCAUUUGCUGUCACGUACCGCUCCCGCUAAAAGCGGAACUAUGCCUCACGCUGGCCGCCCUGGGGGGCACGGCGGCCACCGCGGGUCGCGUGUGGGCCGCCCUGGAGGCGGCGCAGCUGGUUUCCAUCUCGAAAGACAAACGGGCUUUAAACGUCGAAUUGCAAGAGGUGGAGUGCCGCAUGGAGGAGUACCCGCUGUCGCGCGCGUUCCUGGUGCUGCUGGAGGCGCUGUGCGGCGCGGCGCCGCCCCCGCGCGCGCUGGGCGCCGGCUCGCGCGCGCCCGGCCUGGCGCCCUACGUGCGCCACGCGCUGGAGCGCCUGGCGCUGCCCGCGCCGCACCGCCCCUACGCGCGUCCGCCCGAGCGGUGGCAGAUGCUAUCUCUCUGCUUCCAACUCUUCGCGCGCUGGCUCGAUCAGUACGAACCGGCGGCGUCCGACUUCCCUCCCCCGAAUACAGAAUCGGACAUGAACCCCCCCCCGGGCUUCCCGUUGCUGCUACAGUUGCACACUAAGUCGGAGUUCCUGCGUUUGGUUCUCACGACACUGGAUGAAGCUCAUGAGCUGAUGGAUAAACAAUCUGCGCCCGAACAGGAAUACGUGCACAAAACCCUGGUGAGCUCACUGCAGAUCCUGGAGCGGGCGCUGGCGCUGGAGCGGCCCCUCAACGUCGCGGCGGCCGAGGCGGGGCGGGCGGUACUCGUCGUCGGGCUGUCUAAACUCAUUUUGGCUCCCGAGGGCCCCGACGGCUGCGACCGGCUGGUGACGUGCUGCCGCGUGCUGGAGCACGUGUCCGCGCUGCCCGAGGCGGCGGCCCGCGCCGUGGCGCUGCUGGCCCGCGCGCUGCAGUCGCCCGUCUGCGCGCGCCACCUGCUGGCCUCCGUGCUGCACCGCCACGACCUGGCCGCCGACGUCAGGCACGGGUUCGUGGAGUGCCUGGAGACGGAGGACUGGGGGGUGGGCGCGGCGGCGCACGGCACCAAGGAGGGCGUGCUGCUGCUGCUGCUGCAGCUGCUGCCCGCCGCGCCGCCCUCGCUGGCGCACUUCCUGCUGGGGUACACUCUGAACGACGACAUAUCUCGCAGCGUUCUGCAAGAAGCGGGAAGUGCGGGCGCGCCGCGGACUUGCUUCCACUCGAUCCUAGACAUUCUAGAAGAGUACAUCGCCCCCAGUGGGGACACUCAAAAGGAGGCGACGACCCUGGUCGAGAGUUGCUACCGCCUGCUGUACUGGAUCUGCGCCCGGCCCGCGACCUCCCCGCCGGCCCUGCGGCUGCUCCGGGCGAGGGACUACUUCCUCGCCCGCCACGCCAAGGCUGUCGUCAAUCUCGAAAGCGCCAGCCCGGCGACGGUGUCGGCGCGCUCGUGGCUGCUGCGCGCGUGCGCGUGCGAGGCGGGCGCGGCGGGCGCGGGCCGCCAGCACGCCGCGCUGGCCGCGCUGCUGGCCGCGCUGGCGCACGCGCCGCACGCGCACGACGCGCACGACCAGGAGUGGGAGUGGUGCGUGAUUCGUCGCUCGCUGGAGUCGCUGCCGGUGCGCGUGAGUGCGGCGCCCGAGCCGAACUGGGAGCUGUUCCACGCGCACCAACUGCGCCGAGCCAUCGCCGAAUGCGACCUGCCCACGGGGCUGGGCGGGAAGCGCAUCAGCGUGUCGCGCGUGCACGCGCUGCUGUCGCGCGAGCUGGCCGCGCUGCGCGCCUCCGCGCCGCAGCGGAGCCUCGUCGCCGCCGAGAUACAGAAGGUGCUCGAUUACGUCACGGAAGUGAACAAGCAGCGCAACCUGGCCGCCACGCUCACGCAUUACUACGACUCGUGGCGACAACUCACGGAAAUCUUAUUCUGUGUUGCACCACAGGACCUGCUCGGUCUUGAAUCGAAAAAAAAUCUUCUCUUAAAUAUACUCCAGGACCUCCUCAAUAAAAUACCACCGGCGGAAGUCCUCCCGCAGAUCGGAAACUUGGCUUCGGGGACAGUAUUGCUGCUGCUGGUGAACUUACGACACUGCUACAUAUUGCAGAAGAGGGAGUCCACGCUCAAAACAGCAGAUUUUGAAACAAGUUUCUUCGGACCUUCGAAUCAAAUCAUGCAAACGAAGUCCCUAACUUUAAAGUUCAUUUUGCACAAAAUUCUUAGCUGGAUCUUAGUGUCUGGAGUUUCCACGCAAAAAAUGAGAGUAAACUUGUACGGGGCACUGCUCAAUUUCUUGAACAUAGUAAAUUUGAAGCCCAGUUCGGCUGAUCCAGAGGAGGAUGUCAACGCGACGUAUGUCACCCGUCUUGAUAGUUCGAAAGCGAGGCCGAGCAGAGAAGAAUCGACUUUAAAGUCCAUGGCGAUAGAGGUGAUAAACAGUUUCGGAGAAAACCUGUGCUCUAUCGUAUGCAGCGAUUGCAUCGGCGGUGGCCACGACGUCUGUCGCAUGGUCGCCUUGUCCUGCCUAGACACUAUGAUAGAAAUCAAUCCGGGGACCGAUUGGAUGAACACGCUGACCAAUCAGGGGUACCUGAGGAGUCUCAUCGACAGUCUGCUUCAAGACGACGAGGGGUUGAAGGAAGCCCUGGAGCCGAGCCCCAAGUCGCUGCGCGUGCUGUACGUGUUCGAGUCGAAGAUGGCGCUGCUGAUCAAGAUCGCGGGCACGCGCGUGGGCGCCGAGACGCUGCUGGCGCAGGGCGCGCUGGCGAGCCUCGCCAACCUGCGCGCGCUGGACGCGCACCCCGACAUACACGCGGGCUACGGCGCGCGCGACGCCGACUUCGUGCCCUCCGUCGCCAACCGGUUCCGUCAGAUCCUGGUCCCGAGUCUGACGCUGUGCGACGCGCUGCUGAGCACGCUGGGCGCGCAGAACCACAGCUGCGUGCUGCACGCCACGCACCUGCUGCUCAGCCACCUCGAGUGUGUCGACAUGGUGCUCCGGGCUGCACACCCCAACUCGCCACAAGGGUUGCUAAUAGAAUUAGAAGCACUAACGUCCGUAAUAGCGCGCACCUCUAACCGGGAAGUGUUCGGAGUCGUGUCCGGGGAUACAGCGCUGCAGAGUAGUGCUGCGGGCGUCCAGAGAGUUCAGUACCUGAUGUUGGCGCUCCUGCCACGCUUCCAACAGCCACCACCGGAGUCGCCCGAACAAGACUCGAUACUCUACUACAAGAUCGUGUGGAACCUGCUGAUGUUCGCGCGGAACACGCUGGAGGAGGUGAGCGUGGGGGGCGCCACGGCCGAGGGGGGGCGUCGCGCCGGCGCCGCUGCGCUCGCGCUGCUGCACGCGCUGCUGCUGCGGCGCCGCGCGCACGACAAGCUGCUGGCCACCGUGCAGCACCAGCUGCACAACGUGCCCGCCAUGACGCUCCUAGACAUGAAGAAGCUGCUGGGCGCGGAGGCCACGCCCGCGUCGCCGGUGGAGGCGCGCGCGGCGGUGGUGGCGCGCCUGCGCGAGCGCGCGGCCGCGCGGCGCCGCGAGCUGCAGCUGUGCGAGCACGCCGCGCACGCCGCGCUGCAGCUGCUGUGGGCGCACGCGCGCCUGCUGCUGCGCGCCUCGCUCGCGCGCGCCGACUCGCCCCGCGACUCGAUGACCAAGGCGGCGGCGCUCCGCGGAGCGGUCGGCGAGGAGGCGGUGUCGCUGCGCAAGGAGCUGCUGGCGGUGUUCAACGAGCGCUUUGUCGAGGAGUUGCUCGAGACCGCUAAGAACCAGCCGCCAAUUCAGCGCGGCUUCCUCGAAAUACUCCUCAAGGAUAUAAAGACCAUGAUACAGUUUUCGCCUUACUAACGCACUGCCGACGACUUUGUUAUAUUGUAAUUGUUAAAUAAGUCAUUUUGUAAUAAGUUUAUUAAAGGAAUUAAUUAAUUUUUGUA